AAGGAAAGGUCAGAUGUUACAACAUACAUGACUCAUUAAAUGUGUCAACAUUGAUAUUUUCUGUCGCAUCUCAUGCAACUCAAUUAUAUAAACAUUCCAAAUAAAAUAUCUGUAGUAGAGAAUAUCAAUAUAUUUUGCUAAUAAUAUGGUGAUGGCAGGGAACGAAAGCACACCUGGAUCUUUGGCAGAAGAUUCAUUAUCCACAAGAUUACAAUGGCUUCGUCAACGUAGGGAAGCAUUGCAAGAGAAGUUAGCUCAAAAAAAUAAUGAACUUAAAAAUCUAUGUGUAGAGGAAGCAGAAUUAACUGGUGUUUUGCCACCAGAAAUUCCAUUAGAACCAGGAGAGAGUCCACCAGCAUUCCGUAAAAGAAUUGGAACAGCAUUUACAUAUCCACAAAAUUUAAUUAAUAAAUUGAAAACAAAUGAAGUUGAGGAAUCUGCUUUAGAAUUAGAACGACAAGUUCAAAUUGGUAUAGUAGAAGCUGCUUUAGGAAUUGUAAAUGAUCCUACAGAAAGCAAAGCAGUACGCCGUAAACAUAGACUUGUUUAUCAACAAAGCCAACGCAGGCUACAAGAAUUAGAGGCACGUUUAAAUUUCCUGAGACAAAGUCGUAAUAAAACUCAUCAUUCAACUCCAACACAAUUCCAACAUCCUAGUAUUUGUAAUGCCCAACCACAUUUACAUGCAAACGUAAAGCAUAGAACAAAAAAACCUCGACCACCAUUAGAUGGCACAGUAAAUGAUGUAAAUUCGAAAACUGCAAGAGGAUUGCUUCAAGAAGGUGGUAUAAGCUUAAGUCCGUUAGGAUCAGAAGAGAAGUGUAGCACUUAUCCUAAUCAUGGAUAUGAUGAUCAGUCAAUUCCUAGCACUUGUAAUCACAAUCACAUUGGUACUUAUUGCCCUACAAUUUCUGAUCAGCGACAAGGUAUUAAAAUAAUAGAACAUGAUCAUAACGAUAAUCAAAAUGUUUAUAUAUUAUCCGAUCAAUGUCGCACGCGAACGUAUUCUCACGGUAGUGGUAGUUCGCGUAAUCAAAAUCACUAUCAAGAUAGUGAACGAAUGUACCGACCACUGCCAAAUGCAUAUGCCGAAGACGAACGACAAAUAAGAUACCGCCAAUUUCAACCAGAACAAAUGCAUAAUCAUCAACAAUAUUCUGACUAUAAGCAUUUAGAUAAUGACAUCCAGAGAAGAUCUGGACAGGAAUAUUACGAAAGAGACUUUCGUACAUUACAUUAUACCCAUAUACCCGAGUUUCCAAUAUAUCAUAAAAAUUCACAACCACAACCCGUACUAAGACGAGACCGUGACAGCAGUACAAAUAAAAAUUUGCGAUAUACAGAUUCACCAAGCGAGUCACAAUUACCAUCAGGCUAUUGGAUGCGAUAUGAAGACGAAAUUGUUUGGUGCACAGAUGAUCAACUUGCUUCGGAUAGAUUUGGUAGUUUAGAUCGAAGGAAACGCAAUGCCGUCCAACAUACGAGUAGUAUUGGAACCGACAUACAACCACGAUAUCGCACAGUAUCCGUAGGUUGCAAUAAGAGUCCUUCUUACGUUGCGUCUCAUCAAAAUACUUCUGUUCAUUUACUUCCAUUAUCUGAACAACCGUCAACUAACAAUAAAAUGUUACUACGUACGCAAUCUUUAGGAAGCGUCGAAAAAUGGCAUUCGAAUCAUUUACAUGAACUGCACGAUGGUAAGGAUACAACGGAUAAUAUUAGUAGAAAAGGAAGAGAAAAAGAAUGGUAUGAAACCUCUUUGGAUUCAGGUACAAGUCCAGGACCAGAUGUUAAUUUAAUAUCUUCCCAUAAAAAUAUCCACUAUCAGUCUACUCUUCCUGUGUGCUCUAAAUCAUCCACUAAUAGUAAUGGCGAAGAUGGGAAAAGUAAUUAUAUUCCUUCUGUAAAUCAUCGUAAAAGUGAUAUACUAACGAUUGAAACUGAUCAACAUUUACAACCAUUAUCAUCUCGUUACGAGCCGAUACGAAAAAAGAUACUUGAAAUUCCAGCCGAAUCGAAAUCACCUCAAGAAACAAAUGAAGAAACAAUUAUGUUAGGAUCUUCUCAGAAUUGUACAAUUGUACAAGCUGGAAAAUAUCAACCAUACAGAGAAGUUACAAAACCUUUUGAAAUGUCUGAUUUUUACAAAUAUUCCACCAAGUUUCGUAAAAGGAACGAAAUAAAUGGCCAGAAUAUUUCAAGUGAAAUACAAAAUGAUUCUCGAGGAUCGCACUAUGUCGGAACAACCGAUCUUGGAGAAUCUGAAUCUUCGAAUACGAUUCACAAUGGAUCAAUUGCUGGUUCAGUUCAAAAAAGAAUUUAUCAGCCUGUUCAAAGAAUGACGUGUCAACCUUAUCUCACAUCAUUAAGAUAACUUUUGACUAUAGAUAAAGUAGGAAUAAUCUAACAGAAUGAUGUGGAAAAGACAAGAUAGGCUGGACCUGUCUAAACAAAUAUUCAAAACUCAUUUUCAAUUUGUAAUAGAUUUAGGAAUGGCAUACUGAUUGCAGUAAUUUUUGCCUUAAUAUCGCAUUACAAUUUGAUAAAUCUUAUAACCUUCUGCACUACAAUGCUGCCAAUCGACUGACUGCAUUAAAAUUAAUAUGGAGACCUGGAAAGUGCCUUAUUUUAACAAAAAAUUGUUGAAAUUGUACGAAAUUUUACGAUUACAUUAUUUGUAAUAUUAACAUACAUAAGAUCUUCUGAGAUUUUUGAACAUCAUAUAUAUAUCUAAGUACAAUUGAUAACCAUCGCGUUUAAAAGUAACCAAUAUUUUUCAUUUAAGAAAAUGGCAGAACAUGCCAAAAGUGAUCAUAUUUUGUUGAACCGACUGUUUAGAUUUCUAUUGUAAGAUAUAAAUAAAUUUUUUUCAUAAUUAAUUUUUUUAAAUAUUUACUAUAUAAUAUAUAGUAUAUAAUAGCAAAAGUUACAUUUGAUGUAAUGUAAAAAGCUAAAAAUAUUUUUAAGACAGAAUAAAAAAGUAUAAGACUAUCACAAUGAUACAUUGGAGAUUAAAGCAUAUAAACUAAGUAAUAUUAAUAAGGAAUGAUUUUCAUUUAUUUCAUUAUAACAUAUAUACAUAAGAAUAUUUCUUUUAAUAAGUAUUUGUACAACAAUAGGAAAACAUAGAAAAUGUUAGAUUUCAUUACUUUGAGCUUAUUCAAUUUUAACACUUAGCCAAGCGAAUAGGGAGAUCUCAUCCCUCUGUAAAGUACAUCGCUGCGUGACCGAACGGGAUCUCCCUUUUUGACUUUUGUAAUUCGUUUUCUUUCUUUUUGUUAUUAUCAGUUAUUGUUUACCUGUAAUUGUUCCCAAUUAAUUGCGCCACUUUUUCUGCUUUUAUAAAAUACAGUAUAUAAUAAAAUACACCAAUUUAGUGGUGUUAAAAUUAAUAAAAAAGUUACACUGUCAGUUAUGACUAAAUAAAGUUAUAAUUGAACGAUACCACACUGUAAAAAAAUAUUAAAAUGCAUUAUGAAUUUUUAAUUUCA